AUGAAUGAAGACGACAAUGACUACGAGGACGGUCAAUCUAUGAAUGAAGACGACAAUGACUACGCUGAUGGACAAAACAACAAUUCAGCUUAUCAAUUUGAGGGUGAGGGCCUUGGUGACCACGGCGAUUAUGAUCUUCAUGAGACUGAGCUUGACUCCGGUGAAAGGUCGACAAGCGAUCUCGAUGGCGAAGAAAACAGCUCUAUUUGUGAUGAGGACGAAGGUUCGCCUGACACAGCUAACCCAGCUGACAAUGCAGAUGAUGUAGCGGGGGUAAAUUAUAACGAAAUGCAUGGCAAAAUACCCGUCAAUCCUGUCAGAAUUGAUUCAAAGGAUGACUUUCUCCUUCUGGAUCUAAUGACCAUGAGACUGGAGGAAAUCAUGAGGUUUUCAUUUUUGAGCUUGGAACUGGCGUUCGAGUUCUACUGUUGGUUUGGAAGAUUGUCCGGAUUCUCUAUUCGUAAAGACACCAAACGCUGGACCAAGAAAGGAGAGGUACGCCAACAAACUUUUGUGUGUCAUAGGGAAGGCUUUCGCAAGAACAGUGAUGUGAAGCGGACAGCUGAGGCUUGGAGUAAUUAUAGGUGUGGAUGCAAAGCUAAAUUACGGGUCCAUAUUCAGGGUUACUCAAAACGGUGGUACAUCAGCUUGUUUGUACACGCUAAUAACCACGACGUGCUCCAAAGAAGCCAUGCAGCAAUGUUGGCUGCAUACCGGCAAAUGCACGAAGCGGAUAUCUUGAGUUUGAAAACUCAUUUGAGUUCGGGUCUAACAACAGCCGACGUCUACAAUUCACAUGCUGCACAGGUUGGGGGGUAUAACAACACGCAAUACAGCUUGAAAGAUCUGCAGAACCAAGUUGGGAAGCAACGACGAGCACAUGUUUCAGAUGGACGCAGGGCAUUAGAUUAUCUAGCCUCGUUAGGUAUCAAAGACCCAUCUAUGUUUGUGCGGCACACGGAGGACGCUGAUAAAAAUCUGGAACAUUUGUUUUGGUGUGACGGGAUAGGUCGGAUGAACUACAGCGUGUUUGGGGAUGUUUUAGCUUUCGAUGCCACAUAUAAAAAAACAAAUAUCGGCGUCCCCUCGUCAUAUUUUCAUGUGUCAAUCACCAUAAUCAAACAACUGUUGUUGGUGGUGCUGUAA